UAGCGUACUCCUAGAAAUGGCCCAGAAGAAUGUCCUACACAGAAUUUCAGUCGUUUCCAUUCUCAUUCUCACUGGAAUAAGGGAUGAUGGCAGCCAUGGCCGACCUCUUCAUCCCCAGAUUUUUCCUAAUUCCCACACUACUGCUCCUCCUUUCCUCUGCAUUUACCUCGGAAGCUGGCAGUGAAUUCCCGAUCAACGUCUGGCCCAAGCCCACAAUCUUCGACUGGCCCAGCCCGUGCGCAGUUCCACUCAGCCCAGACUUCACGGUUCACUACCCCGCCCAUCCCUACUUGACUCCCGCCGUAAGUCGUUACGUCAACGUCUUCAGAACCGAGCUCCACCGCCCAAUAGUUCCCCCGUCACUGAAAUUCAAGCCGUCCCCGCCCCUGGAAUACCUGAACAUCACUGUCUCCGACGUCUCCGCCCCGUUAACUCACGGAGUGAACGAGUCUUACACCCUUUCUGUUCCGGACGACGGCCGCGGCGGCGCUUUAAUUUCUUCACAGACAGUAUGGGGCGCGAUGCGCGGGCUGGAGACCUUUUCCCAGCUCGUGUACGACUACCCGUCCCGGGUGGCCGCCGGAUUGUACAUUUCCGACGCGCCUUUGUUCCCUCACCGCGGAGUUCUGCUGGAUACUUCCCGGAAUUUCUAUGCGGUUGAGGAUUUGUUGAGGUUAAUUAUGGCAAUCAGUAUGAAUAAGAUGAAUGUCUUCCACUGGCAUAUCACGGACUCGCAAUCCUUCCCAUUGGUGUUGCCGUCAGAGCCGGAGUUGGCCGGCCGUGGCUCAUAUGGAGAGGAAAUGAAGUACUCCCCGGAGGAUGUGCAGAAAGUUGUUGAUUUCGGGAUGCAAUACGGUGUUAGGGUUGUACCCGAGAUUGACAUGCCUGGUAGGUUCAAUUUCUCCCUCUUUCGUCUUAUGCAGUGCUUCUUCUUUAGGGAUGGUGAUGAUCCCGUUUGGGUCGGAUCCUAAAGCCACCAUACCUCAUGCGGGGAUUCCAAACCUUCACGGACACUAGUCUAAUUUAUAUUGAUAAUGCACAGAGUAAUUAACUAAUUUUUCCUCAAUUUCAUAUUGUAUAUUGACUUUUAACAUAUCUUUUACAUUGUUGUUGUCUUGGAUUUGUUGUGGGUUGCCCACUUGAUUUGCAAUGCAUGGGUGAAUUAUUAGUACGUUAAUUUUCCCGAAAUUUUGAAAUUCAAAAAUUUAUUGUUAAAUUUAGGUUUUGCUUAAAAAUUAGUAAUGACAGAAAACUUAUGGUGAUACAGUGGUACUCAUGUAAACUUUAACCACAAUUAUAGUUAAAUUUGGUUACUUUUGUAAAACAGAAGACAGUUCAGUGAAAUCAGUUUCAGUCAAAAUAAGUUAGUCAAAGUCUGAUUUUUCCUAAUUUUUAUUACUUUGCCGAAAAAAUAAUAGGUUACCAAAGAUCUUACGGUCUUACCUAUGUGGGCUACUUUUCCUUAAUGUACCAGUUUUAGCUGCCAUAUAGGCUCUUAAAAUUUUUACUUUGAAAACAAGUUUGAAGUUUUUAAUUAAACCUUUGAGUUACUUUACAAUACCCAGAAGUUUUAUUUGAACAAAGAAAUCACACAGAAUGUCAUAUAAUCCUAUAUGUAUAAUAUAUUUCUUCUAAAAUUUGUGAGCAUAUAAGAUAUUACUAGGUUCUUCCAUCAUUUGCAAUGCCAAAGAUUCAUUAUUUUUUGGCUUGAGAAUAUGAUGGAAUAAAGCAAAAUGGCUCACUAAACUGUCUGCUGCUUCUUUGUUAUGAAGCAGCAGUCAGUCCAUGUAAUUUUGGACGUGAUUUUCACUCUAGGUCAUCCGGAAACAGUCUCUCUGUGCUUUAGUACAGGGGUAAGACUGCGUACAUCCGACCCCCCUUACCCCACCGUAGGUGGGAGCCUUUGCGGCACUGGGGUAAAUGAAAAUGAUGAUGAAAUGAUAAGAUAUUACUAGGUUAUUUAAUAUGUUCUUUUUAACAUAAAUUUUAAAUUUAAACUCAUAAACUAAUUGAUGAUGAUCCAAGAGUUUGCAAUAAGGUUUUUCUAGCAAAGUCUCUUGCUUAUCUAUCUUUUUUUAUAUCUCCUGCAUAUCUAUCUACAACCUUAUAUAUGUGAUUACAAUGGUGAUAGACAAGCUUCUGGUUUGGAAACAUUGCAGGACACACAGGAUCGUGGGCAGAAGCUUACCCUGACAUUGUGACUUGUCCAAACAUGUUCUGGUUGUCUAAUGGAGGCAACAUACCACUUGCAGCUGAACCAGGAACCGGUCAACUUAAUCCCUUGAACCCAAAAACCUAUCAAGUUGUCAAGAAUGUCAUCUGUGACACUAUUGCCAUGUUUCCUGACACAUUCUAUCACGCGGGAGCAGAUGAGAUAAACCCAAAUUGUUGGAACAUCGAUCCAUCCAUCCAAAAGUUUGUCUCUGACAAUGGGACACUAAGUCAACUACUUGAAACCUUCAUUAAAUCCACUCUGCCUUACAUUGUCUCCUUAAACCGAACAGUUGUCUACUGGGAAGAUGUUCUACUGAGUGCUGACAUCAAAGUGACACCCUCUUCUCUUCCCAGAGAGAAUGUCAUCUUGCAGACAUGGAACAACGGGCCUAAUAACACUAAAAGAAUUGUCAAUGCUGGAUAUCGUGUCAUCGUGUCAUCAUCUGACUUUUUUUACUUGGAUUGUGGGCAUGGGGGUUUUCUUGGAAACGAUAACCGGUAUGAUCAGCCACCGGGAACUGACCAGGGUAAUGGUGGAUCGUGGUGUAGUCCCUUCAAAACAUGGCAGCUUAUUUACAACUAUGACAUAACGUAUGGAUUGAGCGACAAGGAGGCUAAAUUAGUGUUGGGAGGAGAAGUGGCAUUAUGGUCUGAACAAGCAGAUGCAACAGUUUUGGAUUCUCGUGUUUGGCCUAGAGCUUCAGCAAUGGCUGAAUCUUUGUGGUCCGGGAAUACGGUUGAAAUGGGGAAGACAAUGAAGAAGAGGUCUGGAGAGGUUACCAAUAGGUUGAAUGAAUGGAGGUACAGGAUGGUUUCCCGGGGUAUAGGCGCUGAACCGAUCCAACCACUCUGGUGUGUCAAAAACCCUGGAAUGUGUGACGCAGUUUACCCAUUUUCUGCUUAAACAAUAAGGUCAUGUGAUCUUUUGCUCAUCACGGCUGCUCUCUAGUAAAUUCUGCUUCUCUCUAUUUGUAUUAGUUCCCUUUUUGCGAUUAUUAACCUGUAUUUGUAUUAGUAAAAAGAAUUCAUGAACAAAGGAGGAGUGCUUAUAGAAACAAUAAGGGAAAAUUCCUAAAUAUGAGUAAAAAUGUUUUGGAAUUUCAAAA